AAUGCCCAUUUUACGCAUCUAAUUAGCUCUGUGUCGUCAUUACCACCCUUCGUUAUAACUCACUGUUAACAUGGGAAAAAUCACGCAACUGUUAUUUUACUCCACGUCGGUUUAAAGGUCUCCAACAAUUAUCACAAAGAAAAUGAAAUGAUUUGCUCAUAUCCUCGCCUAAUUUCCACUAAACUCUCAUUCAUUUAGCUGCAUUCAGCUCUUCCCUCCCCUUCUGGAGUGACAGGCACAUCUGAGCGAAUCACAAAGUGCUGGAAUCUACUGCCUUUGUCUGAUACACUCAUCCAAAGAGGAGAAAGGGGGUCUGCGCAAAGGAGGGGGGCUGGAGCUUUUACAAACCAACACAACCGACCCAAGUCGUUCAGUCCCGGCCCGUGUGUACAUGAAAACGUAUCGCGUUAUUAUUAAAGGGGGGAAAGGCAGGUAGACACAGGAAACCCGCAGUCUCCGAUGGUUCUGCUAUCCGUCAUCCAUGCGCAGACCUGAACCACGGCAUCCCUGCACCUGCUGAACGAAACCACCGGGAUACAACAGAUAUUACAACCGAAUGGACGGGACGAAAACUGGAAAUCGACUUCUGAAUGAAUCAUGCAUGCUCAAAAUAUCUAAACAAUUAUUGCAUUGAAUGCAGUUUGUUCUGACCUAGAAGAACAUGCGGUCAUGACUGACACCUGACAAAUCCUCCGUCCAUUUGCACUGAGCGGACCGUUGCAACUUUCUGAAGUUUCCUCGUCCUCGGCUGGAUUCACGUUACCUUUCCUCGUUUCUUACAGUUGUUAUUCGUGUAAGAAAGACGAGACGGCGACUUCAGUUGAUUUUCUGUCCUUUCUCUGUUAUCAAAUGGAUAUUCAUUGUAAGGCAGACCCCUUCACCGCCAUGCACCGGCACGGGGGAGUGAACCAGCUGGGCGGGGUGUUCGUGAACGGCAGGCCUUUACCUGACGUCGUGCGCCAGAGAAUCGUGGAGCUCGCGCAUCAAGGGGUGAGACCCUGUGACAUCUCGAGACAGCUGAGGGUCAGUCACGGCUGUGUCAGCAAAAUCCUGGGCAGGUAUUAUGAGACGGGCAGUAUAAAACCAGGAGUUAUCGGAGGAUCCAAACCCAAAGUGGCCACGCCGAAAGUGGUGGAUAAAAUAGCGGAUUAUAAGAGACAAAAUCCCACCAUGUUUGCGUGGGAGAUCCGUGAUCGACUGCUGGCGGAGGGCAUCUGUGACAAUGACACGGUCCCAAGCGUUUCCUCCAUAAACAGAAUCAUCCGGACAAAGGUCCAGCAGCCGUUUCACCCCUCAUCAGAUGGGACGUCUCUCUCCACCCCAGGACACACUAUGGUUCCCAGUACGGUAUCUCCUCCUGUCUCCAGUUCUUCCAAUGACCCCGUGGGAUCUUACUCGAUCAAUGGGAUUCUGGGUAUUCCUCGCUCUAAUGGAGAAAAGCGGAAAAGAGAUACAGAUGGUUCAGAAGGUUCAGCACAGAGCAGUGAUUCUCAAGGCAGUGUGGAGAGUCUGAGGAAACAUCUACGAGCAGACGCUUUCACACAACAACAGUUAGAAGCCCUGGACCGAGUGUUUGAGAGACCAGCAUUCCCAGAUGUCUUUCCCAGUUCUGAUCACAUCAAACCAGAACAGGCGAGUGAGUACAACCUCCCGUCAUUGAACACAGGCUUGGACGAAGUUAAAUCCUCCAGCACGACCUCUGACCUGGGACCCAGCGUGUCACAGAGCUACCCUGUAGGUCGGGAUAUGGCCAACACAACCUUACCUGGAUAUCCACCUCAUGUCCCUCCCACAGGACAGGGCAGCUACCCAACAUCCACACUGGCGGGAAUGGUUCCUGGGAGUGAAUUUUCAGGGAAUCCCUACAGCCAUCCACAGUACACAAGUUACAAUGAGGCCUGGAGAUUCAGUAACCCAGCACUACUAAGUUCCCCCUAUUAUUAUAGUGCAUCCAGAGGCUCCGCCCCCCCAACUGCUACCACUGCCUAUGACCGCCACUAGUUACCACGGAAACCAAUUUAGACGCCACGCCCAUGGCCUUGGACUUCAUAUUCUGCCAGUGUGAGCAGUGAAGCUGAUUGGACAGAGAGUGGUUUCAUGUGGUCACGUGAUGAGGGACAGACCAAUCAGGAUGAAAAACAUCUUGACAACAAUGCAGCCAUUGAAACAAGACUGAGGAGAACUCAAAUGACGUGAACAAUAAAUGUAUAACUUAAAGACAGAGGGUAAAAAUGAUUUUAUAAUCUACCAUGGAAAUCUGCUUUUUUAAUAUUUUUUAUUUUGUCCUCAUGGAUGAGCCAACAUCAUCUACUUGCUGUUUUUCUGCUACUCGUAUCUAAAUUAUGGUUUUUGCACACAAACAUUUUAAGCACUUUGGGUAAAUAAUGAUAUGUACGAUAUCAACGUAUAGACAGCUUUCAUUUAAAGAUUUUUUUGUUUGUUUUCACAUUAUUGUAUCAGAUUAUUAAACUUGCUAAUGCAAAUUCAAUUCUGACUGAUUUAAUUUAUUUUUGUAUUUUGUGUUUUAAAUGCUGUCAAUACAUAGAUACGGUACAUUUCAGUGUAUGUCCAAAUGUUAAACAAUGUACGUGUGCACUUACAUACGGAUACCUGCAAAUACCAUCACCCUGGAUAAACACAUCGUCUUUCAGACCCAUCGCAUGACUGCUGAACAAAACCUACAAGAACUCCAACCUUUGCACAGUAAAUUAUUACUAAAUAUGUACUUAAACUCUCAGCAUGGAAACAACAAAUCAAACAGGCGAUCUGCUCUCUUCAAUGUCAGCAGAAGACGUGAGAAACAAUCAAAUAUAAAAAGGAAAGAAAAGACAUGGAAAAAGAGAAACUGAUCCGCUGUCUGGUCCUAUUUAGGCCAGAUUGUAAAUGGAGCUAUUCUAAGAUGUUUUUGUACAUUGUUAUUUAAUAUAUAUUAUUGCAAAGAUACCAUGAAGGACAUUACAGUAUGCAUUUUCUGUUUUUAAUAUCCCCAAAAGUAUGAAUCAAAUUCUCAGGGGGGAAUUCGUUAGGGUCGAAUCACGAAUAAAAUCAUUUAUUUGUAUGUGUCGUUUGCUUUUCAUAGUAAGCGAUUCACAAAAAAAAAACAAAUGUUCUGGUUUAUAGUUACACUAAGAUUCAAACUGCAGCCAGCAUCUGGAAAUAAUCCCAAUUAUACUUUUCUACCUUAUUUGAGACAUUAUUUGACCACUGAUAAUGUAAACAUGAAUUGAAUCUGGUGAAUACACUGCAAAAAAAAAAUUCAAGAAAACAUUUUAUAUGUAUUUUUGUCUUGUUUUCAGUAAAAAUAUCUAAAAAUCUUAAAUUAAGAUGCUUUUUCUUAAUGAGCAAA